GCGCCGCGGGGAGGAGGCGGCGGCGGCGGCGGCCUCCGCCGAGGCCUGGGCCGGCCCGCCGCCGCCGCCGCUCGGCCGAUGCGCCCGGAGCGCCCGCCAUGGACAAGAUCCUGGAGGGGCUGGUGAGCUCGUCGCACCCGCUGCCGCUGAAGCGGGUGAUCGUGCGGCGGGUGGUGGAGUCGGCGGAGACGCCGCUGAGCCAGGCGCAGUGCCGCGCCAUGUUCGCCCUCAGCACCCGGCUGGUGCUGCAGGGCCCCGACCCCUUCCAGCGGCAGGUGGGGCGGCAGGUGCUGGAGGCCUACGGCCGCUACCACCGCGCCGAGUUCGAGGCCUUCUUCAACCGCGGGCUCGUCCUCGGCCUCCUGCAGCGCGGCUACGGCGAGCUGAGCAACCGCGACCCCGCCAUCCUCGACUACAUCCAGGCGGGGCUGCGCCUCAUCAUGAGCUGCCCCUCGGUGCUGGAGCUCUUCGAACUGCUGCAGGUGGAAGCGCUGCGGCUGGUGUGCGAGCGGCCGGCGCCGCCGCUCUGCGCCCGCCUCUGCCAGCUGCUGGGCGACUUCCCGCAGUGCCUGCCCCGCGGCAGGAAGCUCUCCCUCGCCUUCUGCCAGCAGCUGGUGCGCAGCAUCGCCCACUUCCAGAGCCAGGGCAGCCGGGAGGCCGAGCUGCGCCUCUACGUCUCGCAGGUGACGCAGGUCAGCGGGCUGCUGCGCAGCGUCUGGAAGGCCGAGCCCGACACCCUGCUGCCCUCCCUGCAGGAGCUCUUCGCUGUCAUCUCCGCCGCCGAUACUUCAUUCGAACCUUCUGUUGCACUGGCAAGUCUUGUGCAGCACAUACCAUUACAGAUGAUUACAGUACUCAUCAGGAGCCUUACUACAGAUCCAAAUGUGAAAGAUGCAAGUAUGACUCAAGCUCUGUGCAGAAUGAUUGAUUGGUUGUCCUGGCCUCUGGCUCAGCAUGUGGAAACAUGGGUGAUUGCACUGCUGAAAGGACUGGCUGCAGUCCAGAAAUUUACCAUCCUCAUUGAUGUCACUCUGCUUAAGAUCGAAUUGGUCUUUAAUCGACUUUGGUUUCCUCUAGUGAGGCCUGGUGCCCUUGCUGUCCUCUCCCACAUGUUACUUAGUUUUCAGCAUUCUCCAGAAGCUUUUCAUUUGAUUGUCCCGCAUGUGGUCAGUUUGGUUCACUCCUUCAAAAGAGAUGGCUUACCUUCCAGUACAGCCUUUUUGAUGCAGUUGACUGAGUUGAUACACUGUAUGAUGUAUCAUUAUUCAGGAUUUCCAGAGCUCUAUGAACCCAUUUUGGAAGCUGUUAAGGAUAUGCCCAAACCCACGGAAGAGAAGAUUAAGUUGAUUCUCAGUCAGAGUGCCUGGACUUCUCAAUCCAGUUCUUUGCCGUCUUGUUUAUCUAGACUUUCUGGAAAAUCUGAAACUGGGAAGACAGGCCUAAUUAAUCUAGGAAAUACUUGCUACAUGAACAGUGUUAUUCAGGCACUUUUUAUGGCUACAGAUUUCAGAAGACAUGUUUUAUCUCUGAAUCUAAAUGGGUGUAAUUCACUAAUGAGAAAAUUACAGCAUCUUUUUGCGUUUUUGGCCCAUACCCAGAGGGAGGCAUAUGCUCCUAGAAUUUUCUUUGAGGCUUCCAGACCACCAUGGUUCACCCCUCGAUCCCAGCAGGAUUGCUCAGAAUAUCUCAGAUUCCUGCUAGACAGGCUGCAUGAAGAAGAGAGAACCUUGAAAGCGCUGUCUUCAGCAAAGGCUUCUGAAAGUAUAAUGAAUGAAGAUUCCCAGACACAAGAAACUGUCCAUAAAGCGCAAAUAUUUGCUGAAGCACCUUGUAUGGGAAGUGAAGAAAGAACUCUGAUAGAGAAGAUGUUUGGAGGAAAAUUGAAGACUACUAUAUGCUGUUUGAACUGCAAAAGUAUGUCUCAAAAGGAAGAAGCUUUCACAGAUCUCUCUCUGGCUUUCUGUCCUCCAACUUCCUUGGAGAACGUUGGCCCAAAAUGUAUGGAACGUUCUGAAGUGAAAGAUGACUACGUGCUGCAAACUAAUACUUCAGCAACUAGUCCUGCUGGAGGAACGCCUUUGAAUAAUUUGGAAGUAAAUGGUGGAUGUGACACAAUAAUGAAUGAAGGAACCAUAAAAGAUUUUUCUAUUGAGCCAAACUCUGAGAAUACUGCAAGUUCUGAACUCAACAAAGUUCAAGAUAAUAGGGAUAUGUCUCAGAGGCUAGUAGGUAAAAACACCCUGUCAGUUACAGACUUACUGAAUUAUUUUCUGGCACCCGAGAUCCUCAGUGGAGACAAUAAGUAUUAUUGUGAAAAGUGUGCCUCUCUACAGAAUGCUGAGAAAACUAUGCAAAUCAUUGAGGAACCCGAAUACCUCAUUCUCACUCUCUUGAGAUUUUCAUAUGAUCCAAAGUGUCAUAUAAGGCGCAAAAUCUUGGACAAUGUGUCUCUGCCACUUGUUUUGGAACUGCCAGUCAGAAGAGCAACAUCGCCACUAGCUGUAGUUUCAGGAGGUUGGUCUGUUGGUGUUGAGAUUUCUGAUAUUGGAGAAAAUCUUGCUAAAAAACUGAAGCCCUCAGGUGCUGAUGAAGUGACCUGCCCACAAUUGGUGCCCUACAUGUUAAGCUCUGUGGUGGUGCAUUCUGGUGUAUCCUCUGAAAGUGGACAUUAUUAUUCAUAUGCUAGAAAUGUUACUGGGUCAGGACCUUCAGGACUCUGCCAUCAGUCUACAGCUCUUUCUUUAGUUUCUCCUCAGGAUAAGUUGUUGACAGAGGAGAGUCCUUGUACUGUUGUAGAAAAUGAGCUGGACGCUGAGAUGCCAAGAGAAUGGUUUCUGUUCAAUGACAGCAGAGUGACAUUUACCUCAUUUCAGUCAGUCCAGAAAAUUACCAGUAGAUUUCCAAAGGACACUGCUUAUGUUCUGUUUUACAAAAAACAAAAUAGCACCUGUGGCUUCAACACCAAUUCGGCAAAUGGACUCUGGGUAAAUGGAGACCCUCCCCUACAAAAAGACCUCAUGGAUGCAAUUAUGAAAGAUAACAAACUGUACUUGCAGGAGCAAGAGCUUAGUGCUCGAACACAAGCACUUCAAGCUGCCUCAGCCUCAUGCUCUUUCCGACCCAAUGGAUUUGAUGACAACGACCCCCCGGGAAGUUGUGGACCGACAGGUGGAGGAGGAGGGGGUGGGUUCAGUACUGUUGGUAGAUUAGUCUUUUGACUAUGAAGACAACCUGGAAUACACUGGUUCCAAAGCAGCCCAGUCCUGCUGAGGACAACUAAAAUAUUGAACUUUGUCAGAUAUUGUAUCAAGUUUUGAGACUUGAUCCUUGUUCAAAAGCAAAUGUUGGGGGUUUUUUGGUUAUGUUUUAUUUGAAAUAAAUAAGCGCAUAAUGGAAAAAAACUACCUCUUAAAUAUUCAGUUGCUUUUAUAGUAAGAUAUGCUUGCCCAAAAGACAGAAAAUGGAGAUUUUUAAGUAGUUGCUAAUGACACUGCAUUAAACUGAACAAACGCACUUACAUCAGUUUCUAUUGUCCUCAUCCACUGAAUGAAGAGAGUUCAUUUUUUACUCUGACGGUAUUGCUUUAUGUGGAAAUCCUUUCGGAUGGGCUAAACUGCAUACAUAGUCUCUCACCCCCACCUUAUUUUCAAAUCCACUACCUUUUAUGGAUUUCCAGAGAUGAUGCAAUUUAUAAUGAAGGCAAUAACUUACAUGUGACAUGAUACAGUACUUUCCAGAUUAAAAAUUAUUGAAUAUAUUUGCAGUGUAAAUGUAAAGAAGAAAAAAUAAUUUAUAAAUAUUUGCUAAGUUGUUUUCCAAAAAAGUGCAUGUUCUGUAGGAACAAUGUUUUUAAAUAGAAAUUGUUAACUUUGUAGCAUUUCUAAUUGUUUUGAGGAUUUUAAAAUUAUUUCAGGGAAUAUAUCUGCUGUGUAUUGGAGAGGAAGAGAUUCUGUAUGUGCCUUGCAGUACUGUAACUUAAACUUUCUGAGGCUGCAGAAAAGGGGAAAAAUGUUAGUAGUCAAUUUUUUUUGUCAGUAUUAGAAAUCAGUACAUUUGUAGAAAGCUAUUAGGUUUCCAGAAGUAAAAAUCUGGUAGUCUGAAAUGCAGUAAGUGUGUUGCCCAGUAUUUUUUUGUUAAAAAAAAUACAUACCUAGUGAUCUAUAACUUUUUGUGGCCUGCAUUGCUAAGAAAAAGCUGGUCAUAAUACUGAGCUAUGUUUGUGAAAUCACAGAGAGGCUACCUGUAUUGAUCUUUGCUGAGGAUCUAUGCUUCUAAGAGUCCUUUGAAGUUUUGCCUUCUGAUAUUGCUUGUAGUGAGAAAUUUCUGGUGAGUUCAGGUUUCAACUGUCUGCAGAAGACCAAAAUGACACUGUCUGUGGAGCAGUGUUUGCUUGCUUGUUAGGCCAGCAGAGGUUGAGGAUCCACUCUUUUAGUCUUGGCAGAAAUAGCAACUUUGGUUUUGAUGUGCAAUGAGAAUAACAGAAGUGAAGGAGUUACACUGUUGAAUCUGGUGAUUAAUUCUUAACUUGAAUAAUCUUAUAGUGAAGUGUAAAUUUAUUUAAAAUAUUUUUACAAAAUUCUGCACUGUUUUAUUGUGGUUUUAUAUUCUACUAGGUGACAAAGUGCAUCCUUAAAAAGCAUGCAAACCUGGCAGGUGUUAGCUUAACUGUACAAAAUAAACAAGUUUCUUAUAAAAUGCCUUUGAAAAGCAUAAAUUAAGUUGGUAAUACUAAACCUUGUUCAUACGAUAUCAAAAAAAUGGAGUUUAGUCUAAAAGGUAGCUUAGCUUGCAAGCUAUUUUUAUAUUAUCACUAAAACUAUGCUAUUUGCUCUGCUAUAGGUUCAUAUGUUACUGCUCAAGAAAGCUAGAGCAGCUCACUUUCAUUUUUUAAGUUUCCAAGUUUUGUUUUGACAGUUUGUAGUACCUCGGCUUUGACCUACGCUUUUAUUGCUAUCUCAGUUGUAGGUUUCUGAACCAGGAGUUCAGCUGUGGAAACGUGGAAUGUUAUGAGACUAGUGUGAGGAACGUUCUCAUUUCGUUGUGCUUGGACGAGGUUUUCUUGAAAGCUCACUUUGCCUUGAAAUUCUGUAACUUUCAGUCCAAGAGGGUUUUUUAUUUCUUUUUAGGCUUCUCUGCCAGUUAGCUCUGGUUUUAAAGUGUUUUGUAUGAUUGUGAGGUUAAUUUGGCUUUUCUCUCCCAAAUCAUGAGGACGCACUAAGAAGCUGUCUACUGUUUGCAUUACAACGGGAGUAUUUUGUCUCUCUGUAUCAAUUUACUGUUCAUUUUAGAACAUUAGUAAGUAGAAGCAGAGGCAAGUGGUUUUACUCUAUAUGAAAUCAUAAUUUUGUAAAGGUCAGUUUUGUUUUCAUGUUUUCACAGUAAAAAUACAAAUUAUGUAGCCUACCUAAAAAUAACGUGCAGUAGGAGUUUUGUAUACCUAUUGUACUAUAUUUAUUUCAUGAGCUCUUAGAAGGCUUUCUACACCCUUGUUUGCCUAUUCUAAAUUAGGUGUUAAAUACGGAAAUUUUAUACGAGAGUAAUGCCAAUAGGGUUGGAUCUCCUUAGGUAUAAAAUGAUGAUAUGUCUCAAAUUGAAAAUAACUUCUUUCUUUCCUCUUGUUGACUUCUGUUGACGCAGUUACUUUGGGUUUUACAAAUAGAUUUUAAAACUCAGAAUACCUAUUUGCAAGUCUGCUUGCUGACGUGACAACCGUCGUAGGACCAUUCAUACCGAACUUGGAAGGUUUCAAUAAAACUAGUGAAAGUGGAGAAGUAUUUCACACUCUAAAAUGUACACCUUUCUUCAUUGUUUACAGUAAUGGUGUUGCAUGCGACUAUCUUCUGGACAUAAUAUGAGAGAACAAUGUACAUAGGGUACUUCGAUUUCUGUUGCCUGUGAAUGAAUGCUGCCUGGUUUGUUUAUUGACCUUUUUGGCUCCAUUCUUAAUUUGGUUUCUAUCUAAGUUGAAUCAGUAGAAAGAUACUAAAUACAUAAUACUGUUUCUGAAGCUUAGGUUUUUUUGUUGUUUCCUUUCAUGAAGGAUAUAGUAUUGUACCAAACUCAAGGAUGGUAUGUCUUUUAAAAUCAUAUUUUCUUUUAACAAGACGGAUUGUGUUUUGGUCUUUGUUUUAAUGGUCAGUGGAGUUGUGUUAACUUUAUUCCAUACAGUUCAUUUUGUACAGUUUUUUCAUGUGGAGCAUUACAGUGGAUUGCUGUGAAUGUCACCCCCAUAACAAGUGAUUACAAUAUAUACAAGCCCAUUUAUCCAGGAUGAGGAGAGAAAAGGCUUCUUUGGCUAACUAAACAAUCCACACCUUCUGGCUAGCUCUUUUUCCUCCCUCCCCCUCCCUCUCCCCGCCUUGGUCCCUACUCUGUAAAGUUAAAUAUUUUAUCUUCUGUAUGCUCUGGAAGUUUUAUUUCAUGGGUAAGCCUUUUUUUUUUUUUUUUUUUUUUUUUUUUAUCUCUAGCAGUAAGGUGGUUUAUGGAGUCAGAAUACUACUUUUUAUUGUACGAAUGACAGGUGAAGGGCAGAAGCACUGUGAGCUAAAGGAGUGUUAGAACAAAAGCAAGUGGGUAUAAACUUUCUGUAAAUAAGAUUGAGAUUAGAAACCAAGUUCCUAAUUACUAGAACUAAUUCUGGAACCGCCUUCCAGGCAGAGACCUGCUUUGAAGGAAGAGCCAAAUAUAGCUAUGAAAGAAAAUAAAUGCAAAGUGGCGUCUGAACAGUAGGCAACUAGACUUGAUAAACCAGAGGUCCCUUCUAGUCCCUUCCUAGAGUUUUGCUCUUCUGUUGGGCUUCCCAUCUUGACAUAUUGCCAGUUUUGUUUUUAAGUCUCAAAGAAUAAAGUGUAAAUGAAGGGAAUACUAAACUAUGACAUAACAACAAAGACUGACUGCUCAGUUUUGGGUGGUGGUGGUCUCUGAUUUAGGGGAGUUAGGCAUAAAAAUUAUGAAGUGGUGGAAAGUGGAAGUUAGGCAGAUGUGUGAUCCAAAGAAAUGUGCUCAGUUUAUAAUACAAGGGCAAUUUCCUGGUUAACAGCCUACUGUGGGGUCUAAUGGGUUGUAGCAGUUGACGUCCUCAGUAGGCUGUAAUCAAAUGUAAAUUAUUGGACUUUUUCAAUGGGUGAGCAAAUGAUCUAUGAUCUAAACAAGAGAUCAGAACAGAUGAUCCUAAAAACUUUCAUGUUCCCUACAGCCAGUCAUCAUAGGUCUACCUUAAUCUGAAUCCAUAGCUGUGAGUAAUAUGCUCUUAAAUCACAUAGGUGUCAGGUCAAAUGUAACAGCUGAGAACCGAAAAUCGUGUGACACUGUUUGGCUUGUGUACAAUGCAGUGUUCUGCAUGGACUUAACUAGCGAGUAUCCCUGUUUCAGCAAGUGGGUUAAAGAGACUUUGCCUGUGAGUUGAGCUCUGGCUGUGAUCAGUAUGCCAGCUGUGAUGUGUAGUGUAGCACUGGCUUACCACACACGCUUUUUAUUUUCUUUAAAUGCACACGCAUUCCCCCCCCCCAUCCCCCCCCAUUCAUUGUGAGUCUUGCUUUUGCUUGAAUGAAAAUAUCCAGAUCAAAGGGAAAGCAAACUUAAAACUAGCCAGAGUGAAGCAGAGAUGAACAUUUUUAAAUACACUAUGCCGGUUUCUUAUUUAAAACAGAAGGUUGGGUUUUUUUCUAAGUCUGCUGGAUUCUAAGGCAGGUAUGUGGAUUCAGGAUACACAUUUCUUGUUCCUUUUUUUUCCAGUGUGGGUAAUGUUUUUAGGCAUCAGUUGUAAAAGUGCUGGAAUAGGCAUGUCAAAAUGCACAACCUGCCACUGCCGCCUUGGGAAACAGCGUGCUACCACAUGCACUGAAAUGCUGGGAUACUUGCUGGCUGGCUUCCCCACACACUAACUGGGAAGAGCAGCUGCUGCCUGUGAACUGUGCCUUGCUGGGUGGCCAUUUGGGACCUUCACCAUCAUCUGCAUCUGUGGGUGGCCAGACGCGGCCACCCUGGGGCGCUGCCUCCAGCAUGCGUCUCUGCAGAGGGGGCCGCGAGAGGAGUCUGAGGUGUAAGAGCCAGCUGUGCUGUUCAGGUGCUAGCUCAAGUAGGGCACGGUCCCCAGCCCCCUCUGCGAUACCUCCAGGCCCAGGGCAGGUAACGCGGGGACCCCCGUUGCAGUGCUGACGGAGACCGGCACUUGUGGCAAGCGGCACGCAAAGGUCGGGUGGUUGCGCGUGGAGUCGGCGUGUGGGAAGGAGGGGCAGGGGGAUGGUGAAGGAGAAGUGCCGGCGCGAGACUAAAACGAGACUGCCGAACUGCAAAAAAGGAAAGGAUGGCUCUAAUCUGAUUUGGAAGUUGCGUAUGUUUUAAUUAUAAUUUCACUUGUACCUGCUAUAAAGUUGUAACUUUAGUGGAAUUCCACCAAAGGAUACUCUGUCAACAAUGCUUUGUUAUCCAAGCCUAAUCCUUCUAGGAUCUCUAUUAUAUCAGUGUGCGUGAAGGGAAAAAACUCUCAAUAGGCGUAUUGAAAAUAUGCUGCUGAGGAGAGUAUUUCAGACUGAUACUAAAAAAUUAAUUCAGCAACAGGAUAUGUGAUUGGGCUAGCAGCUGUAGUAUCAUACAGCAUCCUCGAGGCCAGUGGUCUCCAAACUUUUUUUGAUUGCAUGCCCCAUCAGUAAAAACUUUAAGUGUGCACCCAAAAUAUGUAUAUUUAUUUAUUUAUAAACUAUAUAUGUACUACUGUCCUAAUAUUUUAUGUACAUACACAAGAGUAGAAAUUGAAAAAGUAUGAGAUAAAGAUGAAAUAAACACUAUUUUUAAGUUAUUUAAAAUUUUGUUUGUUAAUCGUACAAAAAAUACUUUCUUCUUGCACCCAAAUGGAUUGUCUUGCGCACCCUGUGGGGUGCACGCACCUCACUUUGGAGACCACUUCUCUGGGCUAUAGUCUUGAAGAGUUUUAACUUGAUGGGAACAGGUAUCGAAAUUGACCUGUUCAAAAUAAUGGUUUCUUUUACUCAGUGAAUAUAGACUUGUCAUUACUUUAUGCUGCAUGAGAAUGUUUUAGAGCUGUGUUUAUUCUGAGUUCUUAGAAAAUUUGAUGCAGGGGCUGUGAACUGUUUCGCCAUUUGUUUUCCUACAGUGUGUGUUAAAUGACAAAAAAAAGGUGUCAGCCUUAAGUGGUUUGCAGAGAUGCAAAGCCAUUCCCGUUCUGAGGGGAAGGCAUAUCCCUUGCCAAACGCAGGAAUGUGUUAGUACUUGGCUUUAAAGGUUAGUACCAUUUUUCAACUGACUUGCCCUUUCUCAAGUGUUCUCUAAAGAAUUACAAUAUUUAGUGCUCAACUCCUUACAAGGAAGUUAUUUAAUGUUCUUGCUGUAUCUUUCAUGGUGUUUGUUCUACUGAACUACAGUUGAAAUAAUUUUUGCAGUAUGCCUCUUCUUAAAUCAUGUUGUUGUAAACUGGCAUAGAUGUUUAAUAGUAUUUCACAUCAGUUUUUAAAAAUGGAUGGGACGAAUGAGUGUUUUACUGUACUCUUGUUGGGCUGCAUAAAGAAGUCAAAACAUAUAUUUUUAAAUGCCUUGGAAGGUGUCUGAAAGUACCUAAGUUUUUAUGUGUUUGACUUGAGUUGAAGGAUAGAUGUUCUAGUAAAAUAUAACAGUGGUGGGGUUUUUUUUGGAAUUGUAAAUUAUAUCUUUAAAUCCCGGCUUGAAGGAUCUCACACAAAAACAUGGAAAAUAAGUCAGAACAGAUCCAGAGGACCAAGUGUAGGCAGUAGCUGAAUUUCAUGUGUAUUUCAGUUGCAGUGAUAUGACAAUGUUUCAUUUGAGUUGUCUUCUCAACUGGUGUUACUUAAAUCUUCAAAGAAGAUGAAAUGACCUUCAACUUGAUAAAUUAAUAAAGAACAUCAUCAUUGGUUAAAAUGCAGUAGUUCUCAAUGAACAUGGAAGUUAUGGCACAGAAACAUUCAGGCCUCCUGUAAAUAAAGACAAGGUUCUCAAAGGCCGUUUUAAACUUCUGUGUAUUUCUCCUCAAGUUUCUCCAGACUACAAGUUGAAAGGAGGUUUUUGGGUUUGGUUGUUUUUCUUGACUACAAGAAUACCUAGGAAACUCAAACAAUUAACAAGCCAGUUAAUAAUCUGUAAAUUACUCCUGGGUGGUGAAUUGUGUGAGAGGGAAGGGAAAGGUUUAGGUUGCCCUUAGAAUGUGUAGUCUGAAGUUGAGUCUCCUCUAGCUGGCUGCCCACACCUCCCUCUGGCAUUAGAAACAGCUGCCUUUAUGUGGUCUCAGGAUUAAGCUUGGUACUGCCGGUGAGGAUAAAAUCGUGGGAACCUCCCCUUCAUCCAAGACCUAUUCAGGGUAAUUGAAGAAUUAUUCUUGACCUGAGCUGGUUCAGUUUUGCUUUAAGUAACUUGAACCUGCUAACUGCCAAGGUAAAGGACAGAUCAGGCUUUAACAUAAUAAAGGACCUAAUCAUAAUUUAAAAAAAAAAAAAAUUAAAUGCUUUGGCUCCAGUAGGAGCUUGCUAGUUCUCUGCUGUGCUUUAAAAUGGCAGGGCUGCAAGAAGUAUUUCCUACUGGUGAGACCAUGAAAACAGCAGCUACGCAGAAUUCAUUGGGGAAGGGAAUUGGCUGCAGUAUAAACAAGCAGCUAGGUGGAUGAUUUCAUCACUUGGGUUUGUCUGCUGUAUUUUGCAUUUGGGGAUUGAUGUGAAUGAAGACAUUUGUGAGGAUAAUAAGUAAUAUGAAUCUGAGGAUGUGGAAUAGAAAAGCAAACAGGCCUCAAGUGGUUAAUUUCUUAAAAGCAGUUACUAACAUUUCUGCGGAAGGAGGAUCGGUUCUUGGAAUUGGAUGCUAGGUAGUGUCAGUGUGAUCUUGCAUGGCAGCCUACAAGAGUACUGCUGCUCCCAUGCUUUCACAAGGGUGUGUUAAGGUGGAAGGCAUGUACAGAAGGACUAAAAUGUUACUGGUACACUAGGCCUGAAAUGCACCGUCUGUUCGUAGACCACAGACUUAAGUGUAGUCAUAGAUGAAGAACAUUUCCUUUCUUUGCAGCUAUGGAGGAGCAGAGUAUCUCUUUCUGAAAUUUCUCAUUUUCCUGGGAGCAAAUCCAAUACAGAGUUUGUACAUUGUGGUCAAUAUUUCUUCUCCAGUUGUGAAUGCGUAGCAUAAGCCACAAGUUGGGAGAAACUUCAACUGAGUACGUUUGUAACUGCUUAUUUGAUAAGGCUGCUUAUCUCCAUCUUACGUGGUCCCCUUUGGUGCUAAAAAUGUGUUGAGUGGGAGAGACCAGGAUGAACUAUAGAGUAGCAGCUCUUUCACAUUCCCCAGCUCACCUUCUGGGAAUGGGCAUGAAUGCUCAGCUUUGGAGAGGAUUUGAUGAAAGGAAAACAACUAGAGGCUUUUAAAGAAGGGGAGGGAGAAGCUGGAAAGGAAUGUGAGCAAGAGCUUCAGAGUGUGGGGGUAUGCAAAGCUGUGGAUUUCCUACUCUUUUUGAGACCAAAGAGAAGAUGUUUAAGCAAAACCCUACUAACUUCACAUGUCACGUAUACAUAAAGAAAAACCAUGUGGGAAAAAGUGUAGCAAUCAUUUGGUCAAGGUAAUUGUACCUAUUUGUGUUUUCAUUAUUAUUUGAGCUAAACUAAUACCCAGCCUCCUGUCUGUCUGCGGUGUAUUCAAGCAAAUUUUUUUGGACAAAAUAAAUAUUUUGGGUUUUGUCUUUUUGACUUAAUCUCAUUUGGAAAUAGCUAUUUAAUUUUUUCCAAAUACUUCUUCUGCCUGAAUAUUCUCCCCACUUUUUAAAAGGAUGAUGCACACUUUCUUGCAUAAAAAGGUGUGAGGGGGUGUGUAUAAUAAGAAUUAGUCCAAUCUGAUGUUAUAGGUCGUAGAUAGCCUCAUCCUUGAAACUUCCUUGAUACCAGAAUUUUUUAGGAUAGGUGUUUUCCUUCAGAUCACUGGGACCCAGCAAGAUUAUUCUCUUUACUCCCCUCCUUAAGUGCCUUCAUGAAAAACUGAGGGGAUGCAGCUGGAGACUCACUGGGUAAGAGAAACUGCAGUAUCCCUAAGCAGGAAAAACUGAAAUGUGGACAGCUUUCUCAGCAGCUCUGUGUUUAGUAGUGGUUUUCACCAGUUCUGCACUGUCCAUCUGGCAACUCUUUCUUUUAUCUUAUUCUCCCCUAAACAAAUUCAGUGGAAUAAAUUAUCAUGAUACGUAUGAAAUGUUUCCUGCUAUGGCUUCAUCAGUGUUGUGGUGUUUUCCCUCUUCACAUCCACUCUCCCCCUCCUCAUGUCCCUUGCAGCUGCCUUGUUGACUCUGAUGCUAACCUCUCCAGGACACAGACUGUAUCUUCUACAUUGCAUGCAUGUCGGUACAGGGCUGUACGUAAUAGUGUUUCACAGUUGGCUUUUAAAUGCUACUGUGAUAAACUUAAUUCCUAAAUGUAUCAAACAUAGGAUAACAAAAAUGCAAUAAAAAACUUAAAAUGAACUAUUGCAUCUACAUAACCUGACAUGACUUUCUGUAAAGCCUCUGUUUUGCUUGUAAAAAUUCAGACAAGUAGCAGUUAACAGUAAAAACAGUUUUGUGUUUCUUCAACCCUUUAAGAAUUCCUGCUAAGAAACCUGUAUGCCCACUGGUAGAAGGAGGUAGCGUAGUGGUCGGUGUGCUUCAGUUAUUGGUAGGGAAUUGCAUUAUUAAGAGGUUCUCACAAAGGCCAAUCACUACUCAUUUUUAUGCAGAGGCUUGUGGUUGCAGGUGCUUGAACCAUCAACACUUGGAUGCCAAAUUAAGUAUUAUAUGUUUGGCUCUGAAUGAUGCUGAACUACAGGGCAGUACAACCAUUCUGCUGGUGGUGGGGCUUGGCGAUUCAGUGUUGGCUGGAGGGAAUGGCAAAUUACGGUGCUCUUCAUUCAGAUGGAGCCAUAGGCACCUUUGGUCAUGGUGGUGGGGUAAUGGAAAUGUUGACUUAGUUCACUGUGACUUCCAGGUGAAGAAAACUAAGUGACACCACUUAGUCUGACUGACAAGUAGAAGUUUGCCCUGUAUUUGCAGGGUAUGAAAAGUGAUGAAGAAAAUUGUUUUGUGACUUCCAAAUGCAUUACUACUUUUGAGGGCAGAAGAAUUUCUGAAAUUGAAUUUCACAGUUGUUAGCUGUAAAUUAAUCUGUGCAUAUGGAUAUAGUAUGCGAGGAAUGGGAAGGAAUAUUUCUGAUUAAAACUACCUCGACUCAAGUAUGCUUGUACAGUCUUGCCUGUUUUUUCUCUAAUUGACCUACUUCAGAUAUCAGAGUUGCAACUUCAGCUGUGUUUUCUUUUCAAGGACUUCUGUACAUCCUUUGUUGCAUCCCAACUUAAGGUUUUAACUUGCUUUGAGUAACAUAAACUUUUAUUAAUAUAGUCCAAGUAUUAUAAUGUAAAUACAAGUGAUUUUACACCACUUUGUUACUGAGGUCCCUGAUGUGCUAUAUUCAUUUUGGAGUAAUUAUGUGUUUAUCCAGUAGAGAGCACUAAUGACACUGCUAUCUUUUAGUUGACAUUCCCAUAAAAUUAUUCAGUGUUGUCUUACAAUUUUGUGCUAUGGAGCAUAGGGCUGGGGUUGGGACUGUAGUUUUUCUCUAAAUCAGUGCAUGACUGAAGCUCUGCUAUAAAUAGUUUUGGGGGGGAAACUGUAAAGCAGGCAUCUGCAGGAAAUGUUAAACUAACGUUUACCCAUUGUUUGGAGUCGCAGCAAUACUCCAGUCUCUCCUUUGCAUUGAAUAGCAAAGUGAAGGCCUUGAAUGUGGAAGUUUAUCAGCAUCCUUCUUUGAGCAGUUGGUGUCCUGACUGUCGGGAUAAAUGGCUGACUGCUGGGGCUACAAGUAUCUUAAGGUCUCAGGGAAGUCAAUGGCAUAAUCAAGGUGGUUCCUGCCUCUUUGUAUGUAGGCAAAAUCUUACCAGCAGUAGCUAAAAAAGCAUUUUUAUUAAUAAUCUUUUAGCGUCUGUCUUUGCUUCAGAGCCAAGACAGCGAAGCUGGACAUGAGAUACUUGACUGAAGCUGAAAUUCUAGAGUUCUCGGGGAUGAUGUAGCAUGAGUGAGAAAGACUGACUUGUCUUUGAGAUGUCAAAUGGAGUUUGUGGCCAGCGGUUUAAAAAUAACAGUCCCUUUACUGAGUUUGAGAAAAUCAGAUGGAGCCAAUGAGAAAAUAUAAACAGACCCAUAAAGAGUGUUUCAAAAUAACUUUGGGAGAGUAUCUCAAAUUUGUGUCCUGAGUAAAAUGUCUCUCACCAUGCUGCCCAGCAGUCCAACUGCACUUGCUCAUAAAAGCUCAGUGAACUGUUAACCUUACUUCUGGAGCAUGGAGAUGCUGCCUGUAGGAGAAAAAGGUGUUUUAAUUUUCCCUUAGGGUUAUAGAAGAAUUUUAAUAAUGUGACCAGUGUAAAUUAAUCUUCCUAAAUAUACAGGCAAUCUGAAACAAUCAUGCUGAGAGAAGCGUGAGUUAUAGUAAUUCAUCUCAGUCUUGGAUGAAUUUAAGAAUAACUGUCUGGAGGCAAUAUCUUUAUUACAUUAUUUGCAAGGACUUAAAAAGCAACAGUGACACUGUGAAGCUGAGCAUGAACUUGUAGUAUUACCUCUAGGCUUAUUGUAUUAGCUAAUGUUUGGUUUGAAUUUGGUUUAGGAGACCGCAGUAUUAUCUCGGAAACAACUCUCAAUUUUUAUCCUUGCUACUUUACCUGUAAGAGAAAAGAUUCUAUUCAGCGUGUGGGGGAAAAGAUCUAAGCAUGGGCAAGAUAAUGUGUUUAUCUAAAUAAACUAUGUGACUUACAUCAUUAAAAAAUAGCAUCUUUCUAUGUUUAGAAGUCAAAUCAGUAUGGAAAAUCUGCUCGCUUGGGGGAGAAUGUUUACUGGUUAGAAGAAUUUCAGGUUUUUCAAAGUGAAAAUGGGUAUUUUUACAAGGGCAGUCAUAGUUGUUGCUGGGAGAUACACAGAUUUUGUGUAUUGGUUUUUGAUAAUAUGAAUGCAAGUAAUUAAUACAGCUACCACAUCAGUUAAUUCUUUUUUGCUUUUAAUUGCAUUUGUCAAUUGGUCCUAAAAUCUACCAUCUGGUAACAAUCUGCAUUAAAAUACUGGCCUGCCUGAAAUUGAUGGGAGUCUUGCCAUGGACUUCAGCAAGUCCAGGAUUUCACUCUGCUCUUCAUCUUGCUUGACUAUUGCUAUUCAGGGUGUGGCAAAUAUACUAUAUUCUGCAUCCUGAUUUAUGUGAGCAUUUGCCGAGCAGAUGUUAGGGAGCUAAACUUGUUCAUUUCAAUCCAUCUCUGUUACAGCAAGUGAAGAAGUGAGGCCAGAUCGGUCUCAGGUGUGAUUCGAUUCGCUUGGGAUGCUUAUAGCGAUUACAGUUUCUGAUGAGUCAGAAACAUUGUGCUGGAUUUUUAAAAACACAGCUAUAAACUAAACAAGGAUUUAUUACUUCUGCUGUUGAGAGCGAGCUGACCAAGCCAGCACCGCUGCUUUGCGAGGGGCUAGGGAGGGGGUGAGCGGAGGCACGGCUAAAGGAGAGGGGGGACCGGGCGGGUGCGCUGGGCUUCCACUUCAGCUGCUGACGUGGUGCUCUUCCUUCUCUAGACCAUCGCCUCUCCCUGAAAUGGGCUCACCACCCAGGCACCUGUGGCGAGGGAGGGUGCCUUUGUAUGUAUAACGCAGUUGAGUUCUCAUUUCCCAGGGUAAGCAUUGGUCUAAAGAUACAAAAUAAGAUUAGCCCUUACUGAUUAGCUUAGAAGAACGGUAAGAAAAACCUCCCGUGCCAAUCUUUUUUGUUUUUUCAGUUGCAAAGUACCUCAUGCACUUCAUCAGUUCAAUAACCUUGUAUGGGGGGGAGGGUGUUUGUCAAAAACCUAGUUUACAACAAAGAUAAAAUAAGAACACAUAACUGGCAUAUCUUAGCCAGAACCCACUGUGGGAGUCACUCCCACAGUUAUGUCUGGUGCUCGCCAACUCCUACUGAGCCUGGUAUUUUCCCAUUGCAUUGUUUUUACUGAUAGCUUCCAUUCAAUAAUAACAGAAAUCUUUGCAAGGGUGAAAGAGAUUAACACUCUUUAUAAUUGAGUAAAGAAGUGUUAAGUGAUUUCCACAGCCACUGAAGAAUGUGUAGUCUAUAUAAUAAUCUCAUGAUUUUAUCUUUGUUCUUUACUAACAGUUGGUGAGCAUUUUAUCCCAUGUUCAGAUACAAAAUAAGAUCUUUCCUGUUUUGAAUCUCUUUUGGGGAGGAGCGGUAAAUGAGGGAGGAAGGCUGCCAGAGAUAAUUACUAAAAUGCCCGGCUCAUAUUAUAUAGUCACAAGACGAAGCUGUACAGGGUUUUGUGUCGCAAAACAUGGAGUAAAUUUUUGUGAGCAGUAAUGGCAAGGAAAUAAAGUAGUAGGAGUAAGAUAAUACCCUUUUUUCCUGCUGUCUUCCCAAGGAAGACUAAUAUGUGACAAAAACUGUUUAAAUGUAAUUGCUGUUUAACUGGGAGCUCGCGAUAUAGCAGCAGUGGACAAAAGCUGAGCUUGAUUUCUUGCCGGAAAAGAAGAGUGAGCUUGAGAUAACUUGCCUGCUCUGUAACAUCCCCCACUGCAGAGGGAUGUUGUCAGCCUCCGGCAUUCAGACCCUUUAGACCCCCACUGCUCUGUGAGUGCAGAAGAGCCACAAUAAUAAACGUUUCCAUCUGCUUCUGGUUAGGAGUUUGCGUCUCAUCCUACCCUUCACAGUGAUCUGUGCACUUGAGACAGCCAGGCGUGAUUAUUUCCAUUAGCAAGAACCAAGAUCACACCCUGGAAAGCCCCAUCUGGCCCAAACCUGCUGUAGAUUGCCUGCUGAGCAACACAGGUCACUGUAAGAUCAUCACACUGAUGUCCCAUAUGCUGCCGAGGUCCUCUUCCCCUACACUGGCUGUCUUGCUGUUUCGAGCCCUCUGCAGGAUUAGCCCUGCCAGUCUGAGAUGGUUGUCCUUUUGGGUGUAUGGCCUUCUGCAGCAGGUGUGUUUCACUGUGGCCACAGACCUGGGCAGUAAAGGUAGAAGACUUGCAUGUAGGAGCCAGGACUUAAGUGCGAGUUGGACGUUGGCUUUGGAGCUGUGUGGCAGGAGAGGUACAAGAACGACCACAGGCUCUGAACGUUUGGCGUGAAGCGUUCAACUCCUCCAGUGAGCUUUCCUCGGUUGCCCUGCUUCUGUUUCCCUCCCCUCCAGCCCAGUCAUCCAAGUCAGGUAAUUUACGCCUACCUACUGGAAGGAAGGAAGGAGAGGUGAUUGAUGGUGUUGUUUUUAGCUCUUGCAAGGUGCUCGGAGGCUGCGGCAGUGACUGCCAAGUGAGAACCUAAGCCUAUAAACACCUGCAAAUCUUGGUCAUGCCCCAACCAUUUGUGAAUUCUCUGGGAAGAUUAAACAUGUGGGAAUAAAGCUUCAUACUACAUCAUCUCAUUCCUGAGAAUACAUAAUAUUUGAUUAAUGCAGAGAUAGGAAGUUGGUGAAUGUUCAGUUUAAUAAGCACUUUUAAAUUUGGGGCUGAAAUAUGCUGUUUACAUAGAAAGUUGUUUGAUUUUGGGGGGAGUGCCUCAUGAGCUCUUUGUAAACUGCAGAGCAGGGACCAUGUGUAUGGUAGUGUCUGGCCAAUACAGCUUUAUGCAUAGUUUUUAGAUCUUAACUUUCUGUGCAUAAAAUCAUGUUAUUGGAAAAAUUAGUACUAAAUAGUAGUUCAUAGCCUUGUAGAAACUGGUUUUGAUUUUGUUUUGGGUUUUGGGGGGGGGGGGGUUGUUAUUGUUGAAACUACUCUGCUGGGGUUUUUUAAAACAGAAAAAGCCACUCAGACUAGCAUGCCAGUACUUGUAUUAAGAUUUCUAAAUUCCACAGUGUAUCUUUUGGUAUGUUCCUCAGUCCCCCUUUUCUUCCAAAUGAUCUCUAAGAGUCUGUAGAAGCUAUUUCUCCUCAGUCUUUAUCUGUACUGUGUCUCUCUCUGUCACAUAUCCUUAGAAAUAAGCUACAAGGAAUGGGGUUUGCACGCUGCUCAGAACCUGCUUCUGUUUCAGAGGAUGUAAGCUCAUCAAGACAUUAUGAAAAAAAUGUAAUUCUUGUGUCAUCUUAAAGAUGCUUCAUACUACAAGUAGAAGUUUAAAGUUUUUAAGAUAUGUAAUAAUAGAUAUUAAACGUAAUACAAUGCCCAACCCUUUCUGCAGAUGAGCGUUGACCAGCACAGUGAAGACAUGCGGAGAAUUACUUGUGUGUAGGAACUAAUUACACUACCUUAAAUUAGAAAUCAGACUAAUCGAUAGUUUUAAUGAUUCUUAAGCCCACAAAUGUGUCCUAGAGUCUCAAGAUAAAGUUUCAUAGGUGGAUGACCUAAAUAAGCAACUGGCAGCUAUCAGAAGGGAGAGAAAUCAUCCUAUCCUCUCCUCUUACCUUGAGCUGGCUUUGGUGUUCGUGACUGUAUUUAAAUCAAUUUAAAGCACUUAAAUGCCUUUCUAUUCUGCUGAACGUUCCCACAGAUAUUCUGGCUCGCUUUCAAAACAGUGUGGGGUGGGGUGUUGGGGUUUUUGUUGUUGUUUUUUUGUUGGGUUUUUUUAAGUUCUGCUGGGAUAGUAAAUUGCACCACCCUACUUUGCAAUUGGACAAGUGCUGGUGUCAGCAUAAGGGAGGGGGGGACCUGCACAGCUGGGGAGUGAAGGGAAUGGGUUGAGAAGAGGGUAUUGCAGAAGGGGAGAGGGAAGCCUUCCGUUUCUAGAAGGGCUGGCAUGUUAAUUUGGCUCAGUUUUCUCAUAGUUGUGUAUACUUGUCCUUCCAUGUAUUAUAGACGUCCCCUUCAGAAAGCUAAAGGAGAGCAAGGAAGAGAGUGGGGAGAUGUUCUGCCUGUUAAAUGAAGGAUGCAAAAUCCUGCUAAUUAAUUCACUAAGGAGAUAUAUAUAUCUCUGUCUCAUACUAAUGUGUGAAGAAGAUGUUAAAACUUGCAUUAGCAGACAGAAGGCACCAUAAUAAUAACAUUAAGAAUGGAGCUGACCUGCUCUUGAUUUAUUAAUGGCACUAGUGGAAUUUGAGCUGAUUUAUCAAGAUGAGACUUUAUCAUGCUUAGUACUUCUACACAAAUGGCCCAUAAAUCAUUCAUCAAUUACAUCUCAUUGAAAGUUAUGUUUUGUUGUAUUUUUUCUCAAACCCCUAUAGGCAUAGAAAAUUGUUUUGAUCUGUGUACACAUGUAAUAAAGCUCUUUCUCCCUC